AUGAAGGACGUCGCUUGGUUGUCGCUGUUGGCGACUGGAUUCACGUUCGUGGCAUCAGGUCACAGCAGUUUGAUCAAUGCUAAGCCUCCAACACUACCAGAGACACAAGAGCGAGAAGAGCCAUUGGCGGUCACCAGAACCGUCGGAGUUACGUUCUGGCGGGGUGAUGGCGAGAAUUGCACACCACAGGUAGUCUCUGAUCUCAAGAAAACAGUCACUGCGUAUACUACGACGACUGUCGAGAGCAUUGAACGUACUGGCGUUCCAGCUACCGUCACCGAAACUACUACCGACACUGUCAAUGGCUGUCCAACCGCUUUUGCACUGGGAAGGGUCAAGGCCGUGAUAACGGUGACAACCGUCUCAACAAUCACUUCUUGCUCAUGCACGGAGAAUUUGACCUCGACGGUGCCAACUGUGAUUCCGUCAUCUACUGUGACUCCAACCACUUCUGUGCCGAUUUCAGUGCCCACUUCAACGGUUGUUCCCACCAUCACUUCAACCGUCAGUCUGACAGAUACGACAAUUAACCCCCCGCUGCCCCCGACGAGCACUUUCGUGUCUACGUCUGUCACCAGUAUUCCAUCACCGACAACCCCAGUUGUUCCUCCAGUUAUCACUCCGACGAUUAGUGUCCCUGGCACUACAACCAGUGAGAGCCCCAGCUCCCCAGCACCCAAUUCCGUGUGCCCCAGUCUUAUCAGCAAUCCGACCUACACGCCCACUGCUGCGUUGCCAGUUGAUUACACAUGGGGCUGCCCACCUGGAUAUAUCUGUCAGCCAGCUCACGUAGGCGAUCGCGCUGACUGCACAAUUGAAGCUGGUCUUCCCGAUGUUGGAUACGUUUGCACCCCUUCAGACUGUGUGCCAGCUCCGCCCUUGGAUUCUGACCCAUCCUCGGAGUACGAUCUCUCCAAGGAGUACUUCAAUCUGAAUCCAGAGGGCUUUGGUUUGGACUAUUCUAUCUACGACACAUCGGCCGACAAUGCAGUCGGCAAGCGGUUUAUUUCUCUGCGGGACUUCAUUGCGGGCCGAAAGGCUAAGAGGGUUGACAUCACGAACAUACCCACGGUUUGUUACAAUGACUGCAACAGUGCUGCCCACGAACCGCAAGUCCUGGGCAAGACUUCCGAGAUUUGUCAGAGCGACUCGGCGUUUAUGGAGGAUGUGGCGAUUUGCGAGGACUGCGUUACCAAUAACGCGGAAGAUUCUGAGUCUGGAUCUGAUAUUUAUUCAUCGCAAAUGCAGCCGACAUUUGCACAGUGGUUGAAUUACUGCUCUGAUAUGGUGACUUCCACGACGGCAACUACGGCUACCAGUACCACGUCUUCAGUCACUCAGACUACGGAAGUGACCACCGAAGUCACCACCACUUCUUCGGUGACCACCACUUCUACCUCUGACACACCAACUGAAACCACUUUCACAACUACCGAGACUACCAGUAUCAUGACUACAAGCGGUCAGACCACAAGUACCCAGUCUCUGACCACUGAGGAGAUCACCACAAGUACUCAGGCAGAAGAAACCUCCAGUGCAACUGAGACAAGUACGACAACCGAAGCGCCUACUUCCAUCACAACAUCGAUCCCCGGUACUGUGAUCACAACCACACAGCCUGGCACGGUUGUGACAACUUCGUUCUCCGGAUCUGUCGUUACAACCGAAAUCUCAGGCACGCCAGUGACGACCUCCGUCCCGGGAUCAAUUGUCAGCAGCUCGGUUCCUGGAUCAGUCAUCACCUCAUCGGUGCCCGGGUCAAUAAUGACCGUACCUCGCGGUCCAUCAGGCUCAUCUGGAAGUUCCACAGGCUCUGCCAUUUCGUCAUCUUCCUCUCCCAUCUACAAUGGCGCAACGUCCGAGGAUAUUCCUCGCAUUGGCUUCCUGGGUCUCUUGUGGGUUGUUGUCGCACCGCUGUUUUGA